AUGAGUGAAGACCAAAUAAAGAAUUCUGACAAAAAUGACUUUCAAUGUGAUAGACGGAAGAAGCGCUCUUUAACAAUGAGUGAUGCUAUUGGCCUGGAUGCAAAAAGUGAUAGCUGGUUGGAAACCCCAAAGCUUGUGAUGCUGAAUCCAAUCAAGCUAACGAGAUCAAAGACCAUCUCUGAUAUGAUAGAGACAGACUAUAAUCUAGAAACACUGACAAGUGUAAAUGAAAGUCAAAAUUUAUCGCCUUUGCGCCACAGUGAAAAGCGCUUCAAUGAGACAGUAGUACUGUCGUCUCCUCCAACUCAGUUAGAGCGAUAUCCUUCCUCAGUGAAGAAUGGGAGUGAUGAAAAAUUGGCUAUUGAAAAUGGAGAUUUAAUGAUGAAGAGCCCUGGAAAUUCAGAUAUGGUAUCUACUUCAUUUGAUAAAUUUAGAAUUGAUGCCAUUUCUCCCAUGAGCAACCACCUCUCAACAUGGUCUUCUAAUAUGUCCUCCCCUAAGGUAAAAUUGAAUCCCAUUACAACUAAUAUUGGUGUUCUGAGCUUGCAUUGUUAUGGCGGUGGCAGAGUUAGCGAUGAAUUUAGGCAAUUAAAUUCAAGUAACCUCUGUCACAAGUCUACUUCUCUAUUCAAGGAAUCUUACACUGUCAGUGAAUCUAAUGACUCUUUACCCAUGUCUAAGGAACAAGGAUGGUUUUCACGUAACAAGUACAUUGUCACAUAUUCUUUAUUGAUCUUUUUUAUCCUUUGUUUGAUAGGAGGGUUUGUUCCUGCAAUAGUUAUAUUAGCCAAUGGAACUAAAACUACUGUUUUGAAUUAUUUCAACUCUGAAGGUGAAGAUAGGUAUGAACUUCUACUUGAAUUAAAUAAGAAGCUAGAUAAUCGCCCUCCCAGUGAGGAUGGUUUCGCUGCUAAUAGAGGCUCUUUUUUGAAUGGAUUUAAUAGGUUCGAAGGAAUAAAUGAAAAAUACAAAACAGACGAAGAGAUUUUUAAUCUUAUGAAUAAUCCCAAUUUCACUGAUACAACAUUUUAUGGACUUGCAUAUUCUCCCAGGGAUGCUAUGGAGCCCUCUUGUCUUGCUAACAAAAGAGACAUCUUACUCGACUUGGCCAUGCUUUCUCGAGUAACAACAAGGAUCAGAAACUACGGUAUGCAAUGCAACCAGUCGGACAUGAUUUUAGAUUCCAUUCAAGAUUUGAAUUUGAAUAUGACAUUGGCUAUGGGAGUUUGGAUUGGCGAUAAUGAUACGAUAAAUGACCACCAAUUAAAUGAGAUGAAAGUGGUAUUGAAAAAAUAUCCUAGAAAAUUGUUUGAAGCUAUCUUUAUUGGAAAUGAAGUCCUUUUUAGAGAGGAUAAAUCUGCUCAACAGCUCUUGGGAUAUGCUAAAUCAGUUAAAAAAUUCUUGAUAGACCUUGGAUACGAUGACUUACCGGUGGCUACAUCCGAAAUUGGCUCGCUAUUGACUAAAGAGCAUUUCGAAACUUUCGACAUGAUAGGUGCUAACGUUCAUCCUUUUUUUGGUGGAGAUUUAGUUGAAGUUGCUAGUGAUUGGACAAUUGAUUUUAUUAAAUAUCAGGUCGAGCCAAAGAAUGAAAAUACACGCAAAGAAAUCGUAAUAACUGAGGUUGGAUGGCCCUCAGAUGGUGGAAGAUAUGAAGGGGCGGUAGCAAGUUUACUGAAUUUUCAGAUUUUCCUCGAUAACUAUGUUUGCAAAGCAUAUCAGAACAAAUAUGGUUGGUAUUACUUUGAAGCAUUUGAUGAACCAUGGAAAAGGGUCUUUUAUGAAGAUAAUAAUAAAUGGGAGACUCAAUGGGGCUUGUUUACAGUAGACAGGAAAUUUAAACAAGGUAUCGUGCUACCUAAAUGCUAA